UCCAUCUUUAAGAGAAAAUAGGAAAGAGAGACCGCAUCCUAGUUUUAUUUCGUUUUUAGCGGUAUCUUUCCGUGUCAUAUUUGUUAGGGAGCCCGAGGAGGGGGCUGUGUCAUUGUCUGUAGGAUGUCCCGACAUGAAGGUGUGAGCUGUGAUGCAUGUUUAAAAGGGAACUUCAGAGGACGCAGAUAUAAGUGCUUAAUUUGCUACGACUACGACCUGUGUGCGUCGUGCUACGAAAGCGGAGCUACCACAACCAGACACACCACGGAGCACCCGAUGCAGUGCAUAUUAACCAGGGUAGACUUUGACCUGUAUUAUGGUGGGGAGGCAUUCUCAGUAGAGCAGCCCCAGUCGUUUACCUGUCCCUACUGUGGCAAGAUGGGUUACACAGAAACAUCUCUACAGGAGCAUGUCACCUCAGAGCAUGCAGAAACCUCCACAGAGGUGAUCUGCCCCAUAUGUGCAGCUUUGCCUGGAGGUGACCCCAACCACGUCACAGACGACUUUGCUGCUCAUCUCACACUUGAACACAGAGCACCUAGAGAUUUAGACGAGACCAGUGGCGUGCGACACGUACGCCGGAUGUUUCACCCUGGGCGGGGACUAGGUGGUCCACGAGCACGUAGAACCAACAUGCACUUUACCAGCAGCUCCACAGGUGGUCUGUCCUCCUCACAGAGCUCCUCCUACUCUCCAAGCAAUAGGGAAGCCAUGGAUCCCAUAGCAGAGUUGCUAUCCCAGCUGUCAGGUGUUCGCCGUUCAGCCGGCGGCCAGCUCAACUCGUCAGGCCCUUCAGCCUCACAGCUGCAGCAGUUGCAGAUGCAGCUGCAGUUGGAGCGUCAGCAGGCGCAGGCAGCACGCCAGCAACUGGAGACAGCGCGCAAUGCCACACGGCGCAGCAAUCCCAACAAUAUCAGCGCCAGCAUCCCACCCCCUAGCACUGCUACAAACACAACCAUGGUGGAAAGCAACCCACUGGCUUCCCAUAGCUCCCAAUUUCUCCUCACACGGUUGAAUGAGCCAAAGAUGUGUGAGGUGGAGCGACAGGCGCUGGAGAGUGAGCGAGCAGACCGCAGCCUCUUUGUGCAGGAGCUGCUGCUGUCCACACUGAUGAGAGAGGAGAGUUCCUCCUCUGACGAGGACGAGCGCCGAGAGUUUGCCGACUUUGGAGCCAUGGGCUGUGUGGACAUCAUGCCUUUAGAUGUGGCUCUGGAGAGCCUGAACCUGAAGGAAAGCUCCACAGGCAAGGAGCCUCCACCUCCUCCUCUUUGAUGAUAUCCCACCACGCAGACAAUGUCCCCUGUGCUGUAACUGCCAAUGACGGUGGGGCAAAACACAGCGCUUUUUUCUCCCCCUUGAGUUUUUUUUCUUUUCUUUUCUUUUUUUUUUUUUUUUUUUUUCUUUCUUUUUUUGGUGAUUGUAAUUUCAGGUCUGUCACCUUUGUUACAUUGUAUAAAUCCAUAAAUGGAGAGCGUGCUUGAGAUGAAAGACAA